CACUACACAUACAAGCAGAGUCAGUCUUUGUCACAAUUAUUACACCCAUGGUCAAAAUAAAAUAGACAGAGUGGCAGAAAAGCUACUUGAACUCGGAAAGUAAAGCGUAUUCUUCGAGAGAAUCGCCUGCACCCUGCAAUGGCGCAGUUUCACUUCCAAGUCGGGUGAAGAAGCCAUUUUGAGAUUGCGAACAACAGAGAAGCCAUUAAUGCUGCUUAUUUUAAAAAGUCGCUUUGGAGGAAAGGGAACAGUGUUCUCAAACUCUAAUUUACCCCCUUACACUAUUUCUAUGGUCUUUAUAAGACAUCGUCUUCUACAAGGAUUACUUUUGCCUAAUAUUUACUGGAUCAUCAUCAAAUCUAAAAACCAACCUUUAUGUUAAUGGACUCGAAGAUGGGACUGAAACGGUUCCCUUUUCUCUCAUGUAAAGGCCUGGUACAUAUGAUUCGCCACAAUGUUCAGGUUUGGCGAACGGAAUGGAAAACAGCCAUCCAGUUUGCAGUUCAGGGGAGAAACGGAGUCAUCACUGGAGAAGUUAUAAGCUGCUUAUUGACCCGGCUUUGAAGAAGGGAUCGCAUAAACUAUAUCGCUACGAUGGACAGAAUUUCAGCAUGCCCAACCCGGGCAUGCCCCCAGUGGAUGCUGUACGGGACCCAAGAAUCGGUCGUCUCUGGACCAAAUACAAGGAGACUGAUCUCCCGGUUCCGAAGUUCAAGAUCGAUGAAUGUUAUGUCGGACCGGUCCCUCCGAAAGAGGUGACAUUUGCCGGGCUGAACGACAACAUCAGAGAAGGAUUUUUAACAGACAUGUGCAAGAAAUUUGGAGAUAUCGAAGAGGUGGAAAUUUUGUAUAAUCCGAAGAACAAAAAGCAUUUAGGAAUCGCGAAAGUUUUGUUCGGUACCGUUAAGGCGGCCAAGGACACCGUUCAGAAUCUGCACAAGACGUCCGUCAUGGGGAACAUCAUCCACGUGGAGAUCGACCCGAAGGGCGAGAAACGCAUGCGGUAUUUCCAGCUGCUCAUCAGUGGCUUCUACACCCCCUGGACACUGCCCCUGGGGAGUGAUGACACCUUGGGCACCUCACCCCAUGGCGUGACGGACCCCCAGAUGCCCCGCGACGCCACCCGGAGGCUCUCAGAGGGCAGCUGUUCCACCCUGGGGGGCACCAGCACCCCUAACAGCACUCUCACUCCUCUCUCGCUGGACACGGCCUACUCCAGCCUGCGCCAAGACACCCCCAGCAGCUUUGGCCACACCCCGCAGUCCCAGGGCACGCCUCUCACCCCACGCCUUUCCGGAACGCCCUUUUCCCAGGACUCCAACUACUCCAGCCGCCAGAGCACCCCAGUGCACCAGUUGGCAGGAGGCUACCGUGGCGGCCGGAGACACGAGACCAAGUUUCAGGACGCCUACAACCGGCGUCCUGAGCGCCGCUAUGUACAUAGCGCGGGGGGCGUGUACCGCACAGCUGAGCCCCCGCCCUUCCCUGGCCCCACAUUCAAGCACCACCUGGCCCCCCCCCCGGCCCCGCCUGAGCCCGCACCCUCAACUCCUCCUGUCAACACUAGCUACAAGUCGGCCUUCUCCCCCUAUCAGGCCCCCCCACCCUCUAUGUAUGCCCCCCCUCACACGGAGCACCCCCGGGAUCCGGAAUAUCGGCGGCUGCUCCCACCUCUCAACAAGACCUUUACCCUGAGCAGUGCCCCUCCCACUCCCACCGCUACCGACUUUGUCCCAGUGAGGGAGAAGCCGGAAACGCCCCCGCUGCCUGAACCCCCACCUGCUGCCGAUUCUCUGCCGGCAGCGCCCCCUGGUAGGACCCCUGAGCAUCGUUCUUCCCCUGGCACCCCCACACUGGAAUCCGAGCGGCACAGCCUGGACUCGCGCAUCGAGAUGCUGCUGAAGGAGAAGAGAACCAAGCUGCCCUUCCUGAGCGAGAGGGACUCGGACACAGAGGUGCGCAUGGAGGGCAGCCCCAUUUCCUCGUCUUCGUCACAGCUCUCCCCCAUCCCUCCCUAUACGUCCGGCCCCCGACCCCCUAGCACCGGCCUGGAGGACAUCAGCCCCACCCCCCUGCCGGACUCGGACGAGGACGAGCCCGGACUCGGCCCGGCCGCUUUACUGUGCAGCCCCUACUCCCGCUCCCCAGGCACUGCCCACCCCCAGGGGGCAGCAGACGGGGCACCGACCAACGAACCCGUCUCCAGAGGUCAGACACCUACUGACAAGAUGGAUGUGGGCGCGCCCUCUUCCGGGGAGGACAUGGAGAUAUCGGACGACGAGAUGCCGGGCACCCCCAUUGCAGCCAGCGACUGUGCCGAAGGCCUGGUGCUCAGUCCCUCUGUGGGCGCCUUGCCCCCACAAGCCAUUCCCAUCCCCCCUCCAGGCUUCCCCCCACUGCCGCCUCCCCAGGCCGGAUUCCCGCCUUUGCCCCCGCACCUUCCGCCCCCCGGGCCCCCGCCGCCACCACCGCUGCCAGGCCCGCCCCCACAUCCCAUGCUGCACCCACUGCACCCCUACGCGCCCGGCCUGGUGCCCGUCAUGCCUGUGGAGCUGGUGGGUUGCUUGCCGCAGUGGGGGGGCAUGCAUAUGUCCUUCCAGAUGCAGACGCAGAUGUUGAGCCGCAUGCUGCAGGGCCAACGUGCCUACCCCUACCCCCCCUACGUGGGUGGGCCAGGGGGCGGGGCCGUGCCCUUCAACGAGCCGUACCGGCCUUUCUCAGUGGCAGGAGGCAUUCCUCCGGCCGGACAGUCCUGGCCCCUGCACGCCUUCCCCCGCUUUAACCCAGCUGUGCCCCCACCUGGGUACCAGCCGCAGAAGGAGGACCCGCACAAGGCCACCGUGGAUGGGGUCCUGUUGGUCAUUGUCAAGGAGCUGAAGGCCAUCAUGAAGAGGGACCUGAACCGCAAGAUGGUAGAGGUGGUUGCCUUUCGAGCCUUUGAUGAGUGGUGGGACCGGAAGGAGCGCUCAGCCAAGGCCUCCCUCACGCCUGUCAAGAGUGGCGAGCCUAAAGAAGAGGAGAAGGAGAAGCCGCGGCCCCGGGAAACUGUUGCGUCCAGCCUGCUGGAGGGCUGGAACAAGGGCGAGGGCCUCGGCUACGAAGGCAUGGGGCUCGGCAUCGGCCUGCGUGGCGCCAUCCGCCUGCCCUCCUUCAAGGUGAAACGGAAAGAGCCCCCAGACCCUGCCUCCACGGCGGACACCAAACGGGCACGACCUUCCACCCCCGCGGACGAGGAGCUGGAAGACGAAGAGUUAGAGAGGGACCAGGAGCUGGGAGACCCCCCUCUGGACGGCCCCAGACAAGCCGGGGAUGUGGCCACGAUAAGGCGCAGACAUGCCAGGCCACUGGAGCUGGACAGCGAGGGGGAGGAGGAAGAGGAGACUUCUGGCAAAGAGGAAGAGGAGGAGUCCUCGCCAUCAGACAAGGAGGAUGAUGGCCCAGAGGCGUCAGAGAAGCUUUCCUCCCCUAAGGAGGAGGGGGAUGAGGAAGACGAUGACAAUGAGCGUGACGAAGAGGACGAUGAUGAGGCUGACGAUGACGAAGAUGAUGGUGACAGGGUCAGCUCUGCCUCCAGUGAGAGGGAGUCCUCCUCCAACGAGGAAGCUGCUGUUGCUUCCUCCUCAAAGACCGACUCUGAUUCUUCGGAGGAAAGCGCGGACUCCUCUGAGUAUGACUCCAGCUCCGAGGAUGAAGAAGAGGAAGUAGACGCAGAAGAUGAGGAGGAGGAAGAGGAGGAUGAACAGCUCCAGGUGUCCUCUGAGGAGGAGGAAGAUGAGGAGGAGGAAGAAAUGGCAGUGGUACCCCCAGCUACUCCAACAGCGCCGGCUGCCCCGGAUGAAGAGCUGGAGAUGGCACUGCUGGCAGUGUCUGCACUGGGUCGGCAGGAGGAGGAAGAGGAGCAGAUGGAGACUGAGGAAGAGCAGCAACAUCGCGUCUUUCUGGAGGGGGAGGAAGCAGCCAGUAUCUUGAGGGCCCGCCUGGACGACCCCAUCGCUCAGCUGCUCCCCCUGGAGGCAGGGCUGGAGCUGCGCCCCCCCUCCCCCAAGGGGCUCCCAGCAGAGGAGCCGGAGCUGGAAGUUGAGGCUGAGCUCCCAGAGGUGAAGAUGGAUGCCAUGGAAGACUUCGGCAGCCUGCAACCCCCCACGCCGACAGGCUCAUUAGCGGACGGUGACCUGGACCCACGCAGCACCAAGGCCAAGCUCUCCUCGCCCCCCCUGGAGGAGGAGGAGCUACCCCGCACUCCAGGCCGUGAGGCGCUCGCCGCUCUCUUGGAGGUCGAGCUGCCCACCGACAAAGUUCUCGCUUUGCCCUGUGUGCCCCUGCCCCCCCCCUCCCCCCCUGUCCCCCCUGAAGCCCCGCCCCUUCCGGCUGCCCCAGAGCUGCUGGCUGAGCUUUUGUCUACAGGGAAGCUCUUACUGGAUGAGGACAUCCCGCGCACGCCUGGGAGGGAUGUGGCGGGCAGGAGAACCGCAUCGAUGGCGAAGUCGCAGAGCGUGGAGACGGUACCAGUGACGCCGGGCGGGGAGGCGCCGCUCUCGGGGGGCAGCCUGAGCCUGCUCUCCCCCCACGUGCUUGGUAGCCCUUUCUCCUACCCCUCACAGUCUCCGAGCCUCAGCUCAGGGCUCCCGCUUACCCCGGGGAGGGACUUCAUCUUCACCCCCACCUUCGCUCCCACCCUGCUCGAUCCAGCAGCUGCCACUUAUGCGCUUCCCAAUCUUCCCAGUCUUCCCAGUCUUCCCACCCCUGACAUCCUGGAGGAGCCACCAUCAGCGAGCUCCCCCCCUGCUGCUCCAUCAGGCCCCCCUCUGGCCCCUGUCCCUGUCGUACCAAAGGAGACAGAGCCCCCCCCGGCAGGCCUCCAGUCCCCGCUGGCCGAGGCCUUCCCGGAUGGGGCCGCUGUCCCCAGCGACCUGCCUGCCAUCCAGCCGGACGCCACGCCACCCAAGCGGAAACCUGGGCGCCCGCGGACAAAGAAGCCAGCAGCGAUGGUGGAAGCCCUGCCUACACAGGAGCUUCCUCGAGCCGAGGAGCCGCCAUUUUUACCCGUUGACCUUCCGGUGAAUGAGGUGCCCGCCGGCAUCACGGCCCAGGUGGCAGAGGCGGCAGUGGCAGCCGGCUGCCCCGCAGAACCUGCCGCAGUGACACUGGAUUUCCGGGAAGCCUGGCCAGAGUCCCCGGGGCCAGAACCAGGCAUGGAGCCAGCAGAACCCAUGCUGCCAGAGGGGGUCGAGCCAGUGAAGAAACCCCAGCGUAGGGUGCGUCGCAGGCAGGAGGAACUCCUGCUGCUGGCCACACCCUCUGCCCCUCCCACUCCACCCCCACCCUGCUUCCACCCACGCACCGAAUUCGAGGAAAUGACCAUCCUGUAUGACAUUUGGAAUGAGGGGAUUGACGAUGAGGACAUCCGCUACCUCCAGGUCACCUAUGAGAAGAUGCUGCAGCAGGACAUCGGCAACGACUGGCUGAAUGACACCCUGUGGGUUCCCCAUCCCCCUACCAGCAUCCCCCUGGUGAAAAGAAAGAAGUGGGAGGAUGGCAUGCGUGAUCACAUGACUGGCUGCGCACGCAGCGAGGGCUACUACAAGAUUGACAAGAAGGACAAAGUGAAGUACCUGAACAGCUCGCGGCCUGUGCCGGACGAACCACCCAUGGAUACGCAGGGCAUGAGCAUCCCAGCCCAGCCACACAUCUCCACUCGGGCGGGUUCCGAGCGUCGUUCUGAGCAGCGGCGCCUCCUGUCCUCCUUCAGUUGUGACAGCGACCUGCUCAAGUUCAACCAGCUCAAGUUCCGCAAGAAGAAAAUCCGCUUCUGCAAGAGUCACAUCCACGACUGGGGGCUCUUUGCGCUGGAGCCCAUAGCUGCAGAUGAGAUGGUGAUUGAGUAUGUGGGCCAGAACAUCAGACAGGUGAUUGCUGACAUGCGGGAGAAGCGAUACGAAGAUGAGGGCAUUGGGAGCAGCUACAUGUUCCGGGUCGACCAUGACACCAUCAUUGAUGCCACAAAGUGCGGCAAUUUCGCUCGCUUCAUCAACCACAGCUGCAAUCCUAAUUGCUAUGCAAAGGUCAUCACAGUUGAGUCGCAGAAGAAGAUUGUGAUCUACUCAAGGCAGCCCAUCAACGUCAACGAGGAGAUCACCUAUGACUACAAGUUCCCCAUUGAGGAUGAGAAAAUCCCCUGCCUCUGUGGGGCCGAAAACUGCCGGGGGACUCUUAAUUAGUGUCUCUCAGGGUGUGGGUCCCUGAGAGUCACCCCGAAGUAUAGCCUAGCAUUAUAGGGAGUCUUCCCCUUCUUCUAACAUCCUAGGGGUAGAGUAUCCCAGAGUCGGUGUAGAAGAUGCCCUAAUCCAGAGCUCAGCACUGUGAGAAUCAGUGUUUGGCACUCGGGUGAGGAGGGCCCUUUGGCACAGUGAGUUGUGGUGUGGUGUUACCGGCAUCUUUGGCUGGACUUGGCAUGGGAGGGCGGGAGCUGGUGUGAGGAGGUGGCUUCCUGGCAUCUUACGAGGGACAGAGGGAGCUGGUGUGAGGAGGUGGCUUCCUGGCAUCUUACGAGGGACAGAGGGAGCUGGUGUGAGGAGGUGGCUUCCUGGCACAUCUUACGAGGGACAGAGGGAGCUGGUGUGAGCAGGUGGCUUCCUGGCACAUCUUACGAGGGACAGAGGGAGCUGGUGUGAGCAGGUGGCUUCCUGGCACAUCUUACGAGGGACAGAGGGAGCUGGUGUGAGCUGGCGGCUUCCCAGCACUUCGCAUGAGGGUCGGAGGGAGUUGCCGUCAGCGGGAGGCUUCCUGGCACGUUGUACAAGGGUCAGAGGGAGCUGGUAUGAACGGGCGGCAUUCUGGCACGUCACACGAGGGUUGGAGGAAGUUGACGUGAACGGGUGGCUUCCCGGCACGUUGUACGAGGGUCGGAGGGAGUUGGCGUGAACAGGCGGCUUUCCGGCACGUCGCAUGAGGGUCGGAGGGAGUUGCCGUCAGCGGGAGGCUUCGCGGCACUUCGCACAAGGGUCGGAGGAAGCUGGUGUGAGCGGUUGGCUUCCCGGCACGGUUUCUAGGCAUCUCCUCGAGGCUGAUAUGGUGUGUGGACUGUGUACUGUUUGCAUCUCCUUUUGGGUUUCUUUCCGUUUCUUACCAAGGUGAGGUGCUCACAAGUCAAGUGUCUGUGGAGACCCUGCCUCCAGCGGCCUGAUCCAUCAGCUCCCCCUUCUCGCCCUUGUCUUCCGCCUUCAGACCCCCCAGGUCAUGACAAGCAUCUCUUCCUUCUGCUGGCAGUGCUGCUGCUCAUUGAUGUACUGGUGUAGCAUGGUGUGUGGCACAGCCCCACCUGUCAUAAUGUGAAGAAGCCACGUGGUCCUGGAGCGCCAGGGCUGCAUGGUCUCUGGUCUGCAGAUCACGGCAUGCAGCCUGUGGCCUUGGGGCUUUGCUGCUGAUGGAGUGGAGGUGGGAGUGACUGCAUUCCCGCACGUUCUCCAUACACUACACACCGUUAUAUUAAGUUAUUUUACGUUUACUGAGUUCUCAUGAAAAAGCCCCCGCAUCUGCAAAAAGAGUUUACACAUCGAGUUCCGUCCUUAUAACACUGUACCAGCCUGAGUGUUUUCCCUCCCGAGGAAAUCCUGGCAUUCUAUAGGAACUGCUGCCAUCUGCUGGUUGCACAGGAGAAAUAACGUGAAACCAGCAGCUGAUUUUUUCCCCCACUGUUCUCUGUUGGGAGCUGCGUCAGGUUCAUGCUGAAGAGCCUGCUCGUGGUCCAUCACAGCUGCUUAGUGAUUGGCUGGUGCCCCCCCCCCCAACCAGAACAUGACCUUGAUGCCAAAGCCUUUCCCUUCAUCAUACAGGAGGACUUUACUUUGAAGCAUGUUUAGUGCCCCCCCUCACAGGUCAUGGACAUCUUGGUGCUACUACUGGGCUGAGCCAGGCUGUAAGGGGGGGCCUUCACAGUGUUUAUGUCUCCCAGACAAUGCCCCCCAUACCCUAACACUGACUGUUUGACACUAUGCCUCGCCAAUUCUGACACCCCACCCCACCUCACCUGGAGAAGGCCCAGGAAGAGUCUCCUGCCUGUGGCUACAAAGGUGCUUCUCGGCCACCAGCAUGAGGCCCCGGCUGUCGCGCCCCCUUCGCCUCCGCCAUCGCGGGAGGCAGCUCGCACAUACACUACAUUUUGUAUUGUUUUUGUUCAUGUCUUAUUGUUCAAUUUUCAUUGUUUCAAAUGCACUAGGGGCUGUGGCCCCUGUUGGCCAAGAGCCCGGGGCCCCUGUCAGGCCUCCAGCUCCCGGGGUUUGAACAGGGUCUGCAGGUCGUCGCGUUUUUAAAGCUGUGCUCUUGUUUAUACUGUACAGGUUCGCUUGUGCAUGAUGGGGGGUGAGGGAUGAGUCUUUUUUUUUUUUUUAACAUUUUUGUUUUUAAAACAAAGUACAUAUUUAAAAUAUUUUUAAAAAAUUGUGAUCUUUUCAGGGAGUAUUAAAACAUGUAAAAUAAAAGUAAAGGACUUAUUUGAAACAUAGGCGUGCCUCAUACAUGUACAUGAAUCCAUAACUUCUCCUGCAAAGUGUGUUUCUUGUGGAAACGUCUUCUCCCCCUCCUUUCUUAGCUCAUUUUAUUUUCUUGAUGUAAAAAAAAAAGUGUAAAUGGUUUGUAAGUGUGCGCAUGCAGGCUCGGGGUUUGCCACAGAGAAGUGGCCAGGGAAGGUCCGGCGGCAGAAACAGCCAGCGUGCGGCAGACGCACACCCAGCUUGUGUCAAGCUGUUCCUUUUUGUAAAUUCUGUGUACAGCUGCUCAUGGUGUAGAAGAGGCGACACAGCGAAUCGGGGGGCUUGUCAGAUUCCUCAAAUGAUCUAUUUAUUACAAUGAGCAAAGAACGUUUUAAAAGAAAACAAGGAAAUGUUCAGAUGUGUUCAUGCAAAGCUAAACUGUAUUUAUUGUUUAUAUGUACACUUACACACAUGCGCACGUUUACACAGACACAGAAACGCACAAAUGAUUCCUUCCAAAAGAAUCAAAUACCAGCUGAAGUGUUUUAAAUGAGUCUUGUUGCAAUCUGUCUACAUCUGCGGCACAUCGGCACCCUUAAAAAAAAAAUCACAUUUCUAAAUGUGCUGCCAUUUAGAAACGCCAAGUUGUCUGAAAGGGGGGGUGUCGAUGUUGGAAAGGUUUGCAAUAAAAAAUGUUACAGACAGGUUAUUUUGUUAUUAAUAUGAUUUAGUUUUGAAAUGUACCUUUUUGUUUUGUGUUUUUUAGUUCUCGGUAUCUGACUCGUCUCGCUCUGCAUAUUGUUAAUUUGUGUGAAUCCAUGAUUAUGUAUCAUUGUGUAUAUAGUAACUUUUAUAAAGCAAUCCAUAAACAUACUGACAUUUUUUUAA